AUGCGGGAGCAAAGCAGAACGACAGGCCGCAAGUCCGAGGGAGAGAGAAUGGAAAAAAGUGCAGAGACCAGGCGCGAGUAUUAUUUCGACUCUCUCUCAUGCACUGCCAGCGAAGCAGCUAAAACGGACCAGGGCGCGCGCGCCAAUCAGAGGCCUGAAGGACCCUGCGACCACAAGCUGCUAUCCCGAUGGGCUGUGACGUUUCGUCUGGCCGUGGGCCGCGUCCCGAACCCUGCGGAACGCAAGCCGCGAGGGGAGGUGGGUUCCGCCCACAGCCUGUUCGAGGAGGGGGAGGGGUUGGACGAAGCUGAGGGGAGUGGAGGAGGGUUCCACCUGCACGUGCUUUAUGAUGCCAGCAUAUCGAGAGCUUUCAUCAACCCGCCUGCAUGCCCAGAUGCGCGUCGUGGCUGCAGUCGCGCCACUCAACAUCUCUUCACAGUUUCUAUUCUUCUCCUUAUUGAGUAUGCCCAUCAUCACUGGCCACGACAUGUACAAAAGCUUGAAAGUCUGAUCAGCAAGAAUUUCUUUACCAACAUCAACGGAAACAUACGCACCGCAAUGCGUCUUCUGGACCUCAACCUCAGCCUGAUCGAGUUUGUCGGCGACAUACCCCCCUAUGCCAUACUUUCGCAUACCUGGGGAGCAGAUCACGAAGAAGUGACUUAUAAAGAUGUAGUGACAGGCUUGGGGAACACCAAGGCUGGUUACAAGAAACUCCACUUCUGCCGUGAACAAGCUUCAAGAGAUGGUUUGUCAUACUUCUGGGUGGAUACCUGUUGCAUCGACAAAUCUAGCAGUUCAGAGCUCACGGAGGCCAUCAACUCCAUGUUUCGCUGGUACCGUUAUGCGGCCAAGUGCUACGUAUACCUCGUAGACGUCUUAGUGGGUGGCAUCGAUGAGAACGUCGAGGUCACGAGGGAAUCGACUUUUCGCAACAAGCUUGUUGCUCCGCGUUUAGUCGAGUUCUUCUCCCUAGAAGGCAAGAGACUCGGGGACAAAAGCUCGUUGGAAACACAGAUUCAAGACAUUACGGGGAUUCCGACCAAUGCUCUUCGAGGAACCGAUCUCUCUCAGUUUAGCGUUGCUGAGCGCAUAUCAUGGGCAGCAACGCGUGAGACUAAGCGUGAGGAGGAUCGAGCCUACUCCCUACUGGGUCUUUUUGAAGUCUACAUGCCUCUGAUCUAUGGCGAGGGGAGGGAUAAUGCUUUCAAUCGACUUCGAGCGAAGAUCGACAAGCGUUUAAGGAACUACGAGCCUGAGAAGAAGGCUUCUAGCGAAGCCAGCGAAUUCUCGAUUAACCAGGCGAAGCUGGUCGUUUAUGAUACGACUAGGAACACAAACUCAUCAAUAAGCACACUAACAUCAUCAAAAACAAUAUUUGAAGCUUCCAGCGAGUCCCUCGCAAGCGGGCUUCAACCUGCGUCGGUGGAAGAAGACCUCAGGGAGCUACUAAACCAGCGCCAUUUCGCCACUUGCCGUUGGAUUUUCGACACCCUCGAAUUCAGCAACUGGCAACCACAUCUACGUCCGAUUCUGUGGAUUCGCGGCAAACCUGGCUCUGGAAAAUCCAUACUUUCGGCAACUUUAAUUGAACACCUUCAAGCGGAAGGAACUGUCACCGCCUACUUCUUCUGCAGCUUGGGAGAUGAUAGCCGACGAACGUUUGAGUCAUUCUUGCAGACAUGGCUCUGGCAAAUUUUGGAGCAAAUGCCUGAAUUUACUCAAUGCGCAUUGCAACACCAAAAGAAAGGUCCUGGAAUACGUGGACAGCAUGAACCUGUCAAAAACGCGUUAGGAGACAUUAUCUCUCGGUCCACUAAGAUUAUCUGUCUAAUUGUGGAUGGCUUGGACGAAUGUGAACCGGCUUCUGCGGACAAGCUGAUACACUUUGUGUCUACAAUGGGACAAAAUUGCUUGUUCGCGAUCAUCAGCAGACCAGAAAACUGGAUUCGGAAAGCCUUAGACUCCGGGGUGAAAGACAGAGUCUGCAUUAUACCAGUGACGAACAGCGCAACGGAGAAAGACCUCGGCCGAUGGAUUCAAGCCUGCGUCGGCCAGGAAUGGGCCCUCGCGAAAUUGCAAGAAGGUGCCGAUGGUAUGUUUCUUUGGGCCCGCUUCCAACUGGAAGCCCUCGAAGCCCAAUUCGCCAUCGAGGAUGCGAAAGCAGUCUUGCAGAACGACUUACCAAAGGAUCUGGAAGCGACUUAUGAGAGGCUGUUGGCAAAAAUUCAGGAUAUCCCGAACGCUCUUCGUCGGGCAAGGGCCUUCCGAAUUCAGCAGUGGAUAACGGCUGCAAACCGGCCUUUGACGCUCAAUGAACUCGACUUCGCUCUAGGAAUUCAUAUUGAUUCACAAGUAUCGCCUCAGCAAAGGUCGUUGAUGCGCGGAGAGUCAGAUGUCGUUGAGGCCUGUGGUUCAUUCGUUGAAAUCACGAAAGCCGGGCAGAUUCGUUUUGUCUAUGCCUCUGCAAAAGACUUCCUUACUUCCAAGGGUGUCCAAUUUGGCUUGAGCCAACCCUACCCCGUAGACCGAUUUCAAAAGGCACUCAGCGCCAUGCACAUUGCGAGAGCUUGCAUCACCUCACUGUCAUUUUCCGAUAUCAGCCUGAUCGGUAAGAGGCCAAGCAGACUUUCUGAUGUAGAAAAACUUCAUGCCUUUAUCGUGGAAUAUCCAUUUCUCGAAUAUGCAGCUCUGAAUUGGUGGAAGCAUCUCGAUAAAAUCCCUUACGAAGACGGAGGUCUGUUACAGAGUACAAUCGCCCAAUUCUUAGGGUCUUCAGAGAAAACCUGGAGAUGGUUGCAGCUCUAUCAAUACCUAACACAGUUCCACUCUAUGGAUAGUGUCUUUUCCCACCCGAAUACCACCUAA